AUGAGGACCGCCGCCGUUUCGCUCCUUGCUCUCACCCUGCCUAUCCUAGCUUCGGCCGAUGGCAAAGGCAAGGGUAAAGGCAAAGGCCAUGAUGACUGUGGCGGGAAGAAGCCCCUCGUCACCUCCAACAAGCUCCAGGAUCUGAUCAAGCUCGAGGACCUGCUUGCUGGUUCGCAAAGGCUCCAAGAGAUUGCGGAUGCCCAUGGCGGUAACCGCGCUUUUGGAAGCGGCGGCCACAACGCCACCGUCGACUUCCUCUACGACACCCUCAGCAACCUCGACUACUUCGACGUCAAGAAACAGGCGUUCAAGGAGAUUUAUGCGGACGCCACCGGCACCCUCAGCGUUGACGGCGCAGAUAUCGAGGUCUCGGCCCUCACUUACACUCCCAGCGGCGAUGCCACCGGUCCCAUCGUUGCGGCUGCCAACCUGGGCUGUGAUGCCGCCGAUUUCCCCGCCGAGGUGUCAGGAAACAUCGCCCUGAUUUCCCGCGGCACAUGCACCUUUAGCCAAAAGUCGAUCAACGCCAAGGCUGCCGGCGCUACCGCGGCCAUUGUGUACAACAACGAGGCUGGUGAGCUCGCAGGGACGCUGGGCGAGCCCUUCUUGGAGUACGCCCCCAUUGUGGGCAUCAGCCAGGAGGAUGGCAAAGCUCUGCUGGAGAAAUUGGCUGCCGGCGCGGUGACUGCGACGGUCAAGAUCGAUGCGCGCGUCGAGGAGCGUGUCACAUUCAACGUCAUCGCCGAGACUAAGGAGGGUGACCACGACAACGUCUUGGUGUUGGGUGGCCACACCGACUCUGUGCCUGCUGGGCCGGGUAUCAACGAUGAUGGCUCUGGUACCAUUGGCAUUCUCACAGUAGCCAAGGCGCUCACCAAGUUCCGCCUCAAGAACGCCGUGCGCUUCGGCUUCUGGAGUGCUGAGGAGUUCGGCCUACUUGGCUCAUACGCCUACAUCAAGUCGAUCAACAGCACCGAGACUGAGGUGGCCAAGAUCCGUGCCUACCUCAACUUUGACAUGGUAUAUUCUUCUCACCUAACCCACCCUUUUCUCACGGCUAACCAGACCGGAAAACAGAUCGCCAGCCCUAACUAUGUCUACGCCAUCUACGACGGCGAUGGCAGUGCGUUCAACCUCACAGGCCCCGCCGGCUCUGAUGUCAUUGAGAAGGACUUUGAGACCUACUUCAAGAAGAGGAACAUCCCCACCGUUCCCACUGACUUCAACGGCCGCUCCGACUAUGCGGCCUUCAUCGAGAACGGCAUCCCGUCCGGCGGUCUGUUUACUGGCGCCGAGGCGCUUAAGACCGAGGAGGAAGCGAAACUCUUCGGCGGAGAGGCCGGCGUCGCCUAUGACGUCAACUACCACAAGAAGGGCGACGAUAUCCACAACCUGGCUAACGACGCCUACCUGCUCAACACCCUGGCCAUUGCUGACUCCGUCGCCAAGUAUGCGCGCAGCUUUGACACCCUGCCUGCUGUGGAGGUGAAGACGCGCCGCUGGGAUGCGGACCGCGCGCAAAUGCUGAAGCGCGGCGUCGGUGUCCACGGUCAUUCGGCCGCGCAUGUGAACCAUGCUGGGCCUUGCGGUGGUGGUGCCACGAUCUAA